GGGAGGGGGCAGGAAGGGACUGAAGACCCCCAAGUCCUUCCCAGCCUCCCCAGAAUCGUGAGCUCACCCUUCAGCUUUUGGAAGGCAGCCUAGAGCUGGCCCUUGGGGAUACGUGUUUACAUGUAAACACGUGUGUUACAUGGAUACAAUCCCUGGCCGGAAGCAGGAUCUACCCACGCAGGCCUCCCUCUUAGCUAGGUCUGCUGUGUGUGGAGAUGGAAAAAGUAGUGCUCCCAGGGCCAUGGCUGGGUACCAGGGCACUGACCCCUGGCAGAUUGCUCUCCUCCCUGCCCCAGCUCCUUAGGAACCAGCCUUAGUGGUAGUUGUCAGAAAGCAGCAGGCCGGGCAGAAUGGAGAGAGGAAACAGCAGCCAGCAGAAGAGAUCCUCUACUCCGCGGGGGUUCAACCCCCAGACCUCCAGAAAUGACGUCAGAAUCAUUUGCAUCCCGCUGCCUCUACCUGCCCGGUCCAGCUGGGACCCUGCCUCGCCAGCCCCAUGGCCAGAGGGUUGGAGGGGCGCUGCCCGAUGACCUACACGGACUGAGACAGGAUCGCCAUGAAUGGAGACCUCUGGAAAAGCUCAGGAGCAGAGGCCCAAGGGGCCCACCGGAGGCCCAAAGGGAGACCUUGGGAGGGGGCUGAAUCACAGCCUCCCGACAGACCCCCAGUGCCCAGGCUUUGGAAGGGAGCUGGGGGGUUCCCAUCUUCUUUUGCAGGGGAGGGUUGUCAGUCGGCGGGGUGUGCUUUGGGGGCACCCCAGCCCCUGCCAGCUAACCCCACCUCACCACCACACCACCCCCCAGCACCACCACCACCACCACACACAAAAAAAAUUGGAUACAUUUUGAAUAAAGCGAUUCGGUUCCUUAUCCGGGGACUGGGUUGCUCCGUGUGAUUGGCCGGCGGAGUCACAUGGUGAAAGUAACUUUACAGGGUCGCUAGCUAGUAGGAGGGCUUUAUGGAGCAGAAAAACGACAAAGCGAGAAAAAUUAUUUUCCACUCCAGAAAUUAAUGAUCAUGAGCUCGUAUUUGAUGGACUCUAACUACAUCGAUCCGAAAUUUCCUCCAUGCGAAGAAUAUUCGCAAAAUAGCUACAUCCCUGAACACAGUCCGGAAUAUUACGGCCGGACCAGGGAAUCGGGAUUCCAGCAUCACCACCAGGAGCUGUACCCACCACCGCCUCCGCGCCCUAGCUACCCUGAGCGCCAGUAUAGCUGCACCAGUCUCCAGGGGCCGGGCAAUUCGCGAGGCCACGGGCCGGCCCAGGCGGGCCACCACCACCCCGAGAAAUCACAGCCGCUCUGCGAGCCGGCGCCUCUCUCAGGCGCCUCCGCCUCCCCGUCCCCAGCCCCGCCAGCCUGCAGCCAGCCAGCCCCUGACCAUCCCUCCAGCGCCGCCAGCAAGCAACCCAUAGUCUAUCCAUGGAUGAAAAAAAUCCACGUUAGCACGGUGAACCCCAAUUAUAACGGAGGGGAACCCAAGCGCUCGAGGACAGCCUACACCCGGCAGCAAGUCCUGGAAUUAGAGAAAGAGUUUCAUUACAAUCGCUACCUGACCCGAAGGAGAAGGAUCGAGAUCGCCCACUCGCUGUGCCUCUCUGAGAGGCAGAUCAAAAUCUGGUUCCAAAACCGUCGCAUGAAAUGGAAGAAGGACCACCGACUCCCCAACACCAAAGUCAGGUCAGCGCCCCCGGCCGGCGCUGCGCCCAGCACCCUCUCGGCAGCCACCCCGGGCACUUCUGAAGACCACUCCCAGAGCGCCACGCCGCCGGAGCAGCAACGGGCAGAGGAUAUUACCAGGUUAUAAAACAUAACUCACACCCUGCCCCCACCCCAGGCCCCCAUCCUCCCCUCACACACAAACUGACUCUUAUUUAUAGAAUUUAAUAUAUAUAUAUAUUUUUGGUUCUUUUCUCUCUUCCUCCCACCUUAUCCCUUGUCAAUUCCAAACAGACAAAACAGAUAAACAAACAAGCCCCCUGCCCUUCUCUCUUUUCCACUGUUAAGGACCCUUUUAAGCAUGUGAUAUUGUCUUAGCAUGGUACCUGCUGGGGUUUUUUUUUUUAAAGGCCAUUUUGGGGGGGGUUAUUUAUUUUUUAAGGAAAAAAAGCUGCAAAAAUUAUAUAUUGCAAGGUGUGAUGGUCUGGUUUGGGUGCAUUUCAGGGGAAAUGAGGAAAAGAAAAAAGGAAAGAGAUUUUAAGCCAAUUCUCAUCUUUCUUCUCCUCCUGCUCCUUCCCCCCUCUUUCCUUAGGCCUUUUGCAUUGAAAAUGCACCAGGGGAGGUUAGUGAGGGGGAAGUCAUUUUAAGGAGAACAAAGCUAUGAAGUUCUUUUGUAUUAUUGUUGGGGGGAGCUGGGAGGAGAGUGGGGAAGACAGCAGACAAAGCUAAAUGCAUCUGGAGAGCCUCUCAGAGCUGUUCAGUUUGAGGAGCCAAAAGAAAAUAAAGAUGAACUUUCAGCUCAGAAAGGCAGUCUAUAGGUAGAAUACCCUCUCCCCUCAUCGUGGUUAUUGUGUUUUUGGACUGAAUUUCCUUGAUUAUUGUAAAACUUGCAAUAAAGAAUUUUAGUGUCGAUGUGAAAUGCCCCGUGAUCAAUAAUAAACCAGUGGAUGUGAAUUAGUUUUA